AUGACUGUUCAUUAUUCAGUUUUAAUUGUUAUUAUUGGAUUGUUUUUUAUUCAAGACAUCUCUUGUAAAAAACACACUAUUAAAGAUGAUCCCUCAGACCCACCGUCCAUGGAUGAAGCCUAUUUGAUUAUACAUAACACGAAUAAUUCAAAUGGUAUUACAUUAUACGGCAAUCAAGUUGAGUGUGAAGGCUGUGAUCUUAAAAGACUGAUGGUAGUUGCAUCAAACAAGAGUGCAUCUCGAAUUAUCGAUACCAAAUAUGCCUAUGACUUGGAACUUCGUCUAUCAUCGUCUAAUUCAUCAUUACUAUGUCAAUUUGCAUCGUACAAAUUUUCUGAAAAUGGUACCUAUGUGCUCAGUAUUAUGCAGAAUACAUCAACUAAUAUCAUGUGUUCUAUAGAACAAAUUGGUACUCUAAGCUAUUAUUGGACACCCGCUAUUCUUGGUAUUAUAACCGUUAUCUUGUAUACUGUUCUUGUUCAACUUUGGCAUCAUCUACAUUGUCGUCGGCAUUUUAAUCAUUUCUAUACGAUUAUUUUCCAUUCUCAAGCAACCGAUGAUAAUCUUAAUAUAAGAACACUCAGUUCAUUAGAAAAUAUACAACAAGAAGCUAUAAAUGCAUCGAAUAAUCGUACUAGACGAGCUUUACCAAAACGUCUUCGUUCUUUGGAUACUUUUCGAGGAUUUUCACUUAUGGUUAUGAUUUUUGUUAACUAUGGUGGUGGUGGUUAUUGGUUUUUUGAUCAUUCAACCUGGAAUGGAUUAACUUUAGCAGAUCUUGUAUUUCCUUGGUUUACUUGGAUGAUGGGUGUUUCAGUUGUUCUCUCGCAACGAUCACUUCUUGCAAAGAAUGUACGAAAACGAAAUAUUCUAUUAAAAAUUUGUCAAAGAACUGCUAUUCUAUUUCUUUUGGGACUUAGUGAACAAGGUCAUUUAAUAAAAUUAACAAAUAUGCGAAUUGAAGGUGUUCUUCAACGAUUAGCAACAUGUUAUUUUUUUACAGCUAUACUUGUUCUUGUUUUUGAAAGGAAGGAGAAUAAUCAACAAGAAACAAUACACUUAUCUAUUGAUAACAAUAUGGAACAACCAUUUCGAACUGAAUUAUAUAAAAGUAUUAUUCAAUAUUGGAUACAAUGGCUCCUCGUUAUAUUAGUUGUUACUGUUUGGAUUCUCCUAACUUUUCUUCUUCCUAUUCCUAAUUGUCCAACUGGAUAUAUAGGACCUGGCGGGAGACAUAAUCAUGGAAAAUAUUGGAAUUGUACUGGAGGAGCUGCUGGAUAUAUUGAUCGACUUAUUUUAGGAACAUCUCAUUUGUACAAUGAUCCAACUUGUAAAGAAAUCUAUUCAACUAAAAUACCUUAUGAUCCAGAAGGUCUUUUGGGUAAUCUAACUGGAAUUCUACUCUGUUAUCUUGGUGCACAAGCUGGUCAUAGUUUUAUUCAUUCUACUCGUGUUCAUCGCGUUUGUAUUCAAUGGAUUAUAUCGGGUAUCAUUUGUGGUUGUUUCGGUUUAGGAUUAUCACAAGGUGGUCAUUCGGAUAGUUGGAUUCCAAUUAAUAAAAAUCUCUGGUCAUUAACAUUUGUAUUUACUUUAGCUAGUUUAGCUUUUAUAGUUCUUACAAUACUUUAUCUUCUUGUUGAUGUUCGUCAAUGGUUUACUGGAGCUCCUUUUCUCUGGUUAGGUAUGAAUUCAAUUGCUAUUUAUAUGUGUCAUGGUCUAUUUGGGGUUAGUUUUCCCGUACAACUCGAUGUCGAUGAUAGUCAUGCUCAACAACUUGCAAUGAAUCUCUAUGGUUCACUAUUUUGGUCAUUCAUUGCUGGUAUAAUGUACUAUAAGAAAGUUUUUAUUGCUAUUUGA